GGGGCGUGGCCGCCGAGGCACCGGGACCCACCGGACGGGAGGGGACAGGGCCCGGCCCGGGGACGGGGCCCACCGGGGCUCGGUCGUGCCCGGUACCGCCCGCCCGGCAUCCACAGGCGGCCCCGCCGCCGCCCCGUCUCCCCUUUCUCCCGGCCCCGCCGUGCGCCGUCAUCCCGGUGCGGCGCAUCGUUCAACCGCCGCCGUCCCCGCGCCGCAGGUGAGGCCUCGCCGGGAGCGGCACCGGCACCGGGAGCAGCACCGGGAGCAGCCGCCGCAUCCCCUGAGGACCGGCCCGGUGCCAUGAAGGAGGACCGUGAGCGUCCCGUUGCCCUGGGUUACGGCAUCACCAAACCCGACAUCCUGGCUGAGGUGGAGCGAGGGGAGACGGCGGCGGCGGUGGCGGGGCGCUACGGGGAGCACCGGAGCCCCCAGCCACGUGUGGCACCCACCGGCCCCUCCCAGGGAACGGAGGUGAAGAGCGAGGAAGGGGUGUCCCCGCCGCCUGCAUCCCCCCCGUCCUGCCACACCGGCCCCGGCUGCAGCUACUGUGGCGUCCCCGAGCCAGAACCGAAUCCCGAUGCCAGUAACGGGGGGUUCAUCGCCCCGCCACCCACCUUCGAGAGCCGCUGCCGCCGCUCGGCAGAGCCGCCGCUUGAGUGCGCCGAGUGCGGCCGCGGCUUCGGGCAGAAACCGGACCUGGUGCGGCACCGGCUGGCGCACGGCGGAGAGCGCGGCUAUGCCUGCGGCCGCUGUGGCAGAGGCUUUGCCGAGCCAGUGGGGCUGGGGGUGGUGGGCAGCCCCUGCCGCCCCACUCCCUGCCCCAGCCGCUCCCUGGGGAUGGUGGAGGGGGGACCGGCGGCCCCCCGAAAGGAGCGGAAGGAGCUGUCACUGACGGAGAAAGUGCGCGUCCUGGAGAUGCUGGAGGGCCCCAAGGUGUCGCAGAGCGAGCUGGCCAAGCGCUUCGGGGUGUCGCAACCCCAGAUCUGCCGCAUCAUCAAGAACAAGGAGCGGAUCUUGAGCGAGUGGCACCGCAACGGCGACCCGGAGCGCAAACGCAAGCGGGAGGGGAAGGACGCGGCCCUCGAGGCCGCCCUACUGCGCUGGGUGGAGGGCACCCACGCUGCUGACCUGCCCGGCACCGGUUCCCUCCUCCAUCUCAAAGCCAAACACCUCGCCGAGGCGCUGGGCCGGCCCGACCCGGAGCCCAGCGGCGGCUGGCUGGCACGCUUUGGGGCUCGCCACAACCUGGCCUUCAAGAAGCCGCCAGCAGAGAAGGGGGACGCGGAGCAGCCCACGGCCGAGCACUGGGCCAGCGUGGUGCUGCCCGGCCUCCUCCGCAGCUACGCGCCCUCUGAGAUCUACGUCUGCGGGGAGACGCAGGUCCUCCUCCCAACCGGCUGCCCUGGUAAGGGCGAGAGCGCCGGUGACCAGCUGACGCUCCUGCUCUGCACCAACGCCGACGGCUCGGAGAAGGCCCCGCUGCGGGCGGUGGGGGAGAGCCCCCGGCCCCGCUGCCUUCAGGGUGUCAACCUGGGGCAGAUGCCCUGGAGCUACCGCGCCGGCAGCCUGGCCGGCGUGACAGCCCCCCUCUUCACCGAGUGGCUGCGAGAGUUCAACGAGGGGAUGCGGCGGCAGGGGAAGAACGUCCUCCUCCUCCUCACCAAGCACGAGGCGCACCCCUACCUCCAGCUCUCCAACGUCAGGAUGGUCUUCGUCCCGCCAGCUACCGCCUUGGACCGCGGCAUCGCCAACGACCUCAAGGGCCACUACCGGCGCCGGUUGCUGAGGUGGCUGCCGGCGGAGCGCGGCGCGGGGCAGCCGACCCUCCUGGAUGCCCUGCACAUGCUGGCGCAAGCCUGGGGCGACGUGCGCCCGGGGCUCAUCGCCGGCUGCUUCCGUGCCGCCGGCUUCAGCCCUGACGCCGGUGCCAAGGCCUCAGCCCUCACCCCAGCAUCCGGCCUGCUCGGCCAGGAGGAGCUGGAACGCAACGGGGAGCCGGCGGAUGGGGAUGAGGGGACAUCGGAAGGCGAGGACGCAGGAGAGCUGGUGCAGCCCUGUCCCUCGGAGCGGGAGGUCUGGGGGAGCCUGGCCACGCUGCGGCGGUAUCUGGAGUGCCGGGCCACCUCGCCGGACCUCUUCCAAGCCUUCUAUGAGCUGGAGGACGUGUUGCACAUGGUGUCGGCCAGCGCCGGGCGAGCCCUCGUGGGGGACACCCCUCCCAAGCAGUGAGCGGAGCAGCCAGACCCGCUCACACCCGUGCCGGGGACCAGAGCUCAUCGGGGUUGUCACCGGACUGGCCUGGCCACCAUCCCCUGCGGCGGUGCCAGCUGAGUUGUGCCGUGGGGUUUGCUGUGGGUCCGUGUGGCGCAGGGGCAAAGCAGGUGCCCGGUGGGGGCUGUGGACCCACCACGCUUUGGAUGUCACCUGUUGGGGCAGUGCCGGGGGCUGGCGGUGGCAGCGCCGGGGACACGAACCCGCUGCCAAAACCUUCUCCCACGGGGUGGCUUCUGCAGGCAGCGGGAGCCGUCGUGGA